CCGUACAAGGUACAGUGCAGGUCUGCUCAGGUCAUGCUGACUCUAUGCCGAGCCCUCCUGCUGAGAGCCCCCUCUGCGGGUCAGCGCAGCUACAGCGCCACCUCUCUGCAAAACUUCAUAGUGCAGCACACGGAGGUAGUGAGCGAGCACCUGACACCGGAACUCCGUUUGCAUCUGCUCACUCCCCGCUGCAAGCACUGGCAUCUGCCGUCUGACCUUUGGCCCUAUGAAGACCCCUACUGGGCCAUCUACUGGCCCGGGGGGCAAGCUCUGGCUAGAUAUAUCUUGGAUAACCCCGAUGUUGUACGAAUGCGCCGGGUUUUAGAUCUUGGAUGUGGCUGUGGAGCUGCUGGCAUCGCUGCUGAAAUGAAUGGAGCCUCUUAUGUCCUGGCCAAUGACAUUGACCCAGUUGCAGGAGCAGCUUUUAGCCUGAACUGUCAGUUGAAUAAUUUGAAGCCAUUGGCAUUUAGCACUGAGAACAUCCUCGCCCGUGAAGGAGAGAACUGGAACCUGAUUGUGUUGGGUGACAUGUUUUAUGAUGAGAAGCUUGCAGACCACCUCCAUCUCUGGCUCAGACACUGCAUUGCCAAGCACAAGACUCAAGUUCUCAUCGGAGACCCAGGGAGAUUUCAGUUUGUGAGUCACCCUAUCCAAAAGCAGCUGAAAAAAAUGGCAGAAUAUUCUCUACCAGAAUGCAUCCAACAAGAAAAUUAUGGUCUGACCGCCACUGCUGUUUGGUGCUAUGAACCUUGAAUGUAUACACUGUGGUAGGUGAAAGCUAAUCGGUUUCUGUGUAACUGGGGAUGAGUGCGUGUAUGUCUUUAAUUUCAAUACACAUUUUAACAUAGACAGGGUCAUUCGCUAAAGAAAGAAUUGUUGGUAAUUCAAAGUGAAUAUCAAAAUUAAGGCCAAACUAUACUUCAAGAUUGGCUACUGUGGCCUGACAUUUUUAAAAUUCUAUUUGAAUGUGCAGUAAUUCUCACUUUAGUGAAUAACCCUGUUAGUUCUACACUGCUACAUUUUGUUGGCCUCUUUAACAUUUUUUUUUUUUUAAAGGAUCACAUGUGUCUUAUUAUAAAUGUCUUUUCAUAUUAAGGCAAAAAACAGGUUUAAACAUGCUUGUAAAAAGUAUAUGAAUUAAAAGGUAUACAAAUCAUCAUUUAAUAUAAUGCUGUUGUAAGAAGCCAUGUCUUUUUGGAGAGAAAAAAGGUAUUGAGAGAAGCAAUGAGAAAAGUUCAAUGAAACCACGUGAAAUCAAAACUGUAUUUUGAGUUGCUGUUUGAUGUACUUGGAAUAUGGCUUUAAGCUGUUGCAAAUAUUUAAAAAAAAAUGCAAAUAUUAUUUUACUUAUUACUUUCAUCAUUAUACCAGAUUCUUAAAGGCCAAUGGGUAAAGGGCCACGCUGUACUUAAAUAUAGAUAUGUCCGUGUUUAAACAUAUAUUUGUUUUUGUAAUCCAAUGUAGGAUACAUUUAUAUAUUUUAAAAUUGAGCAAUUACUUUUAC